AUGCGACAACGUGCUGAAUUAAUAAACCAAAUUCGAGCUUUUGAAUUAUUACCAGUCGAUCGAUGGAAACCUGUUGAUUUAACAUCUGUACCUGGUUAUGGUUUACAUGAUGAAAUGUCUUUAGCUGAAUUAUAUGAACGUCUUGAAUUAAUUAAACUUGAACGAGAAAAAGAACGUGAAUCACGACGUGAUCAAAUCGUUAAAGAAAAACAAACAAAAGAAAAAAUGAUAACAAAUACAGUUCAAAAUAUAGCUAAAUAUAGAAAUGAAUUAACAACACAAGCUGCUAUGAAAAAACAAAGAAAUAUAAGUGCACCAGAAGCUAUUGAUAAAAAUAAUCCAGAACUUCAACAAUUAAAAAAUCAUUUAGAAACAAAAAGAGCUCAACGUUUAUCAAAUCAACAACAACGAGAAAGUGUUUCAUCAUCUGGAACAUCUUCUAAACGUUUUUCUUCAUUUAGAUCAAGUACUGAAUGGAAUCGUUUUGAUCAAGUGGAAAAAUCUUAUGAUAAAACACAAAAACGUAUUGCACCAUCUCUCAUUUCAUAA